AUGUCGCUCGCCCAGCGGCUCAACGAGCUUGCAUCCGCCAACUCUGAGGGCCUUCUCGAUGAUGACGAGUAUAGAUUGCUUCGCCAGGACGUUUUUGAGAGAUACUCACGUAACAUAUCGAUCUCGGUGGAAUCGCCUGCUGCCACUCAUGGUCGAUCGCCGUCUGGGGUCUCUUCAUCGAGCAAGAAGCAUGUCACCUUUCCUGCAGGCCGCGGUCGUGCACAAGUCGCGUUUUCUCCUUCUACUCCUUCUACACCAACUUCUCCACCUACUAGUACACGGAGCAAGGCCUUUGUCACUUUUGGUGUAGCAGAUCUCUUCCACCGUGCUACCAGCCGUAAACCUGCAAAGGAUAUCCCAGCAGCUUCGUCAAGUAACCCGACUAAUUCCCUCAAGCGGGCCUUCAUUCCACGCAUGCUGUUCAGAAAACAAAGUGUUGACAUGACGUCUAUUCGCACGGCGUCUUCUGGCACCCACAACGAAUCCUUCCCGAUAUCUUUGCACAAGGCUAGUUUGAGCCCCGGAACCUUCUCGCCCCCGCGCAGCCCUACCCGUUCCAAACGUAUUAUCACGCCGCCAUCACAAACAAAGGUCGACACAUCUAUCAGCGAUGAUAUUUUCGAGGACGGAGGGCUAACCACCACCGCGGGCCUCCGUCAGUUCAUCAAGGAAUUGGAAACGGAGCGCCAGCGGGUGCUGAAAGCCUUUGAUGAUCUUGAGAACAGUGCAGCGGAACGGCAGAAGCGACAUGCUAUGGCUAACGCUCUCCCUGCAAGCACUGAAUGGCUUAAUCAAGACAAGCUCGCUUCUUCCUCAAUGCUCCUCCCAGAGGGACAUAUUCCAAACCAGGCAUCAAAUGAUGCUCUAUCGGUAUGGUCCAACGCCUCCAUAUCACGAAGCAAAUCAUUGUCCCAGAAACCGUCAAGCCCAAAUUCAAUCCGUCGCAAGGGGUCCAUUUCUUCUGUAUCAUCACAGGGCACAUCUUUGUUGUCGGUCAAUCGUCCGACCCUCAGCAGCCAUACCAGUCUCUCACGCAGUUCGGGACAUUUGCCUCUAGGUGUUCACGGCAUGCGUUCUUCGGAGACCGUGGGUUUGGAAGAUGACAUGACAGAGAUACAGCGCAGAAGACUAGAAGUUACUAGACGUUAUGAGGCUAGACUGGAGUAUUUGCGAGCGAGAUUGAAGGGUGCCGAGUUGCAUGAGAAGCUACUGAAGAAAUAA